AUGCCUUCGGACACAGUCCGCCAGUCAUCAAUAAAUGUGGCUGUUCGAGUACGGCCAUUUACUUCCACCGAGCGAAACAAGCUCAUCCGACCGCAAUCCACAACGGUUUUUGCCGAAGGACUGUUACUGGCGUCUGAAGACCAGAACUCCUCCAAAACGACGACUCCGAACGGCAUACGCAAGAUCGUCAAUGUAGUCGACGAUCGCAUGCUUAUUUUUGACCCGCCGGACACAAAUCCGCUCAACGCCAUGCACAAAAGUGCAUUUCCAAAUGGCAACUCACGAAUCAGAGAUUACAAGUUUGUGUUUGACCGAUUGUUUGAUGAGGACGCGUCUCAGAACGAUGUCUAUGAGAACACCACAAGACCCCUCCUUGAUAGUAUUUUGGACGGCUUUAAUAGCACAGUCUUUGCCUAUGGAGCAACUGGAUGUGGUAAAACUCAUACAAUUCUGGGCACUCUCGAUGAUCCUGGAGUGAUUUUCCUCACUAUGAAGGAGCUAUACCAGCGGAUAGAGCUGCUAAAAGAUACCCGGAUAAUCGACGUAUCCAUUCUGUUCCUUGAAAUCUACAAUGAGACCAUUAGAGAUCUUCUCAGCCCUGAAACUCCACAUAAGAAGCUCAUACUUCGAGAAGACGCCAAAAAUAGAAUCACCGUGGCGAAUCUACUGUCCCAGAAACCUCUGUGUGUUGAGGAGGUCAUGGAGUUGAUCAUGGUGGGCAACCAAAACCGUACAUCCUCGCCUACAGAAGCCAACGCGGCAUCUUCACGAUCCCACGCCGUUCUACAGAUCAAUGUGGUUCUGCGGGACCGUACCGCUAGCCUUAAUGAGGAACACAACUUUGCUACGCUCUCAAUCAUUGAUUUAGCAGGCAGUGAACGAGCGGCUGCCACUAAAAACCGAGGAGCCAGGCUAAAUGAAGGCGCCAACAUCAACAAGUCGCUUCUAGCACUUGGAAAUUGCAUCAACGCACUUUGCGAUCCCCGGAGAAAGAAUCAUGUCCCGUACCGAAAUCUGAAGUUGACCCGACUCUUGAAGUUUUCAUUGGGGGGAAACUGUAAGACGGUAAUGAUUGUUUGCGUCUCUCCUCUGUCGCUGCAUUACGACGAGACACUCAACACUCUAAAGUAUGCUGAUCGUGCAAAGGAAAUCAAGACAAAACUCAUACGUAAUCGCACGAAUAUGGAUAGGCAUGUGGGGUCCUACUUGAAGAUGAUCACUGAACAGAAACAGGAGAUUGAAGAGUUAAGGAGCCGAGAAUCCAAAGUGGUCGAGGCAGCGAUCGAAAGGCAAGUGGCCACUUCACUCAAGUGCAUUGAUGCGAUUACGAAUAGCAUUCAGUCGUUACAUGCGGCUAUUGGCAAGCAGAGUCAUGAAAAAUGGAGGAAGUACUUUCUGCUAGCGAAGAGAAGGCUUUUACUUAUACAACAUAAUCAUCUUAAUGUCUUCAUGCUGCAAUUCAACGCAACCGCCAACCAGAACCAAUUUCAGUCUGAGUUAAUGCAACUGUUACUCAUACAAGCUGAUUACCUCCGUAACAAAAUCAGCGAGCAGAUUGUUAAUUUGGAACGCCUUUACGAUACACCCAGCGAAAUUGAUCAACUAUUUGGCCGUUCGAUGGAGUUUACACUCCGAAAGCUCCAGGAAAUGGAAGGAUGGUCUACAGAGCACACACACAUAUACCAGAAUUUGGUAGAAGGCAUCAAAGACAACUUGCAGAAAGACGUCUUAGUCAAUUCUUCCAUUCUUUUCGACUACCUCAUUGGAGAGUUAGAUGAGUUCAACUACCUUCCUCAAGGUUUGAGCAAAUUAAUGAUUGUUUUUACUAAGGCGUCAGGAAGGCGUGAUUGGUCUGGUGUAGCUGAAGAGGCUAAAGCUGCGAUCGAGGAAGUACAUCAAAUUCUCGAGGACAUGAACAAUUCCAAUUACGAUGCAGCAGUGGAAGAGAGAACUGCCCUGUUCAUGCAAUCGAAGAUUGAUCAGGACCAGAGGACUGGUAGGGUACCCAACCUAUCCGAAUUCAUACCGAAUCUUUCAGCAAAGCCAGGAGACAAGCGUACAUCCACGUCUCCAUUGCGCUCCACAAGGUCGUUUAAAAAGUUCUUGAGAAGAAAUGAGAAUGCAAGCGCAGCGACUAUGUCGCCCGGGGAUUGUGACACCAGCAUAGACGACUCCACAAUUCUCCCAAAAAGUGACAUGGAUGAUGAUUCCCCACUCAGUAACCGAGUGAUCGACAAGUCAUUACUUGACUCGUUGGACAUCAAUCUGUCAAUUGACUCUCCGCCAAUGACGCAAAAAUUGAAGAAUUUGGACAUGAAUCCUAAAUUACGACUGCUCACCGAUACGAAGCUUUCACCAUCUCUGAAUCUGCUUCUUAAGUUCCCCUUGCUCAACAAGCUGGCAAGUACCAAGGUCGUGCACAAUGGCAUGAACCAGACAUCAUUCGGGCUCUCAGAUGAUAAGCUUGACAUAGAAUGA